AUGAGAAACUUUAAAAUAAAAGUACCAUGGGGCAGGAUACACGCCAAAAACUGGUCGCAACACUACCAAGAAACAGGCGCUAAACGGGUUCUUCUUCUACACGGCAAUUCCGAUCACGUCCACUGUUGGGACUGGACAGCAGAUCUACUUCCGAAGAAUUGGUCGAUAGUGGGCUAUGAUUUUCCUGGACAUGGCGACUCAAAUUUUCCGGACAAUUAUUAUGCUCCAACUCAUGAUUUAUUCGGAUAUUCAAUAAGAUACGUGGCAGAUGCAUUAGGCUGGGACAGUUUCCACUGUGUUGCUCAUAGCAUGGGAACGUUUAUUGCUUCUCCAUUUGCGUGUCUCUUCCCGGAAAGAGUAGACUCUCUCACUUUGAUUGAUUUCAAAGGCGUGCAAACGAUCAAACCUAUUGUAACUCCGAUGUACUCACUCAUGUCCUGGGAGAACCGAGCAGACCGAUGGAAAGCUGACUCUUCUAAUCCGGGCCGGACUCCGAGCGGAAAAACAUGGGACGAGUACAAACAUGCCAUCAUGAAUACUCCAAGUGGCUGGUUCAAAGAUCCCAGAAUCGCAGAAAAAUGGAUGCAAGGGCAAAUGACCGAGCUAGAAGACGGAAACUUCAAAUCGAAAGUUCACCCCUUUAUGCGUCAGUGGGGAACAAGCAGUUGGGGGUUAACGUUCGACCAGGAUAGGUUCUCGACGGAAAUUGAAAAUUCUUGUGAAUUUCGAAAAAAUGGUGAGUACGAGCGGUGA